CUUUGUGUAUAAUUUUAAUUAACCUAAAACAAAGUUAGAAGUGCGAGGAAUUGAAAUAGAGAACAUGGGAAUAACAUUUAUAUGUGUUUUAUAAUUCUUUCAUCGUAAAAGCUCAACAUUUCCUUCUCAAUAAUUGCGAGCAUAUAUUAAUAUCGAUAAUAGUUUCAAUGUGAAUUUUAUAUAGUAAUUAGUGUGUGUGUGUGUGUGUGUGUUUUAUGUUUAAUACAGCAAAAUGGGAGGCGGAGAUUUGAAUUUGAAGAAGUCAUGGCAUCCAUCUACUAUGAAAAACAUGGAGAAGGUAAAGAAAGCGGAGCAGCAAAACAAUCAAGAAAACAAAAGGAUAGCCGAGUUAAAGAGACAGAUCGAAAUGGAGAAAGAUCGAGAGGAUAUGACAAAAUACGCUAUGGAACAAGGUGUGAUAGAAAAAAAGGAUGAAAAGAAAUUGGAUUGGAUGUACAAAGGACCGAAUGAAAUGGUCAGUAGAGAGGAGUAUCUAUUGGGAAGGCCAGUUGAUAAAGCCUUCGAACAAAUGCAACAGGCAGAGAAAGAGACAGAAUUGAUUAAAGCACCAAAGAAUCAUGUUGAAUAUGAAUGCAUUCCACCUUCAUUGCGAUUUUUUUCUGGUAAUGAGCAAGUAGAUCUGGUUAGAAAAAUGCAAGAGGAUCCUCUAUACACUAUUAAGAAAAAAGAAAUGGAAAGUAGGAGUCAGCUCUUGAAAAAUCCUGUCAAACUAAAACAACUUAAAGAAUUACUGGAACAGCAGUCGCGUAAAAGUAAAAGUGAAAAGAAAAAGAAAAAAUCAAAGCGGAAGGACAGUAGUGAGGACGAGGUUGAAUUGGAUAAGUUGCUAGUAACUAAAUAUAAACAAUUAAAAGGCAAUAUUAGUGAAAAAGAUUUGCUAAAAUCGAUGAAAAAAAUUAAAUACAAACGAAAGAAGAAAUCAAGAAAGCAUAGUCACGAUUCGGAAAGUGAAUCGGACAGCAGUAACGACGGUUUUGUUAAAAUAAGGCGACACAAACGGCAAAAAAAACGAAAGAAAAAUACAAGCGAUAGUGACAGCAGUGAUAGUACUGAGAGCACUAAUAGUGAAAAUGUCACUCAACAUGAGAAGAAAGAUAAUAAAAAGGAAUGUAAUAGAAAACGUUCAAGAGAUGAUAUAAAAAUAGAUAAUGAACGAGACAAGAAAAGGAGCAAAUAUAGCGAUCCAAAGUAUGAGAGAAGUAGAAAGCGUGAGGAAGAAUAUAAUACGAAUUAUAAACAGAGAUAUGUGCGAAAUGAUAUGCAAAGGGAUAGCUCAAAGGAUAAUUACAAAAAUGAAAAAAAAUACUUUGCAGAGAAACGAAAUGAUGUAACAAUAUCAAAUAGCGAAAGAUCUAAAUCUACCUCCGAUAUUAGUCGGACGAAAUUGAAAGAGGAUAGAAAAGAAGCAAAAUAUAGACCAAAAGCAAAACCGAGUCUUACUGAAGAGGAAAAGGAACAACGGCGGCAAGAAAUGAUGGCAAAUGCAGCAUGGCGCGAUAAGGAGCGAGAGAAAAAUGUGAAAAUGUACCGCGAGAAAGAGAAAAGGGAAAUACAAAAUAAUUCGUACAACAAGGAUUUUAUCAGGAAACAACUGGUCGUCGCGACAGAAAUAGGUACUGUCGCAUCUAGAAUCAAAGCCAAUAUUAACAACAUACAACGUUCCGGUCGCGCAAUGGAUAUGAAUUUCGCCAAGAGAUGAUUUUUACCUGCAAUCACGUAUAUUUCCU